AUGGGACAUCAGGAUGGACUUCAGAAAGGCGCCAUGUUUAUGGCAGGGCUGACUCUGUUGCAGUCUCUCCGUGUGGCUUUAACUGGAGCGAAGUUUGCACUUGACAGAUUUAAAAUUCCUCAGCAGUAUGCCAGUUCGUUCAUUAACAUGGUCCAUAAUCCUAUGGAACUGGCAACGUUCACUGGUAUUCUUAUUAUAAACAUAGUAGCGCUAGGUUGGAAAGAUUUUAGGUACUUUGCCAUUUUUACUAAUGUGACACUGUGCUGUUCCUUUGUCUUACUCCUCAUUGCAUUCACUUCUGGAGGAGAACAGGGAAACCUCACCUUCUAUUACUGGACUAUUGUCUUUGGUUCAUUUAUCUAUGGACUUAAUGUGGCCUGUGUGAUGAAUGUGGGAAAUGCAAAUGCUUCCCUUUUCAGUGUAGGAAUCCCUCUCUCUGGUAUUCAGGUUUGCAUAUACUACUUUAUCUUUACUGAACUUGCUGAGUGGUUUAAUUUCUCAAACAUUAGUUACUGGAUCAUUGUUUGGCAGCUUGUUAUAGCAAUAGUAAUAUCAGCGGCUUCUGCCAUAUUGUGGGUCAUUGCCUAUCAUGAUGGUGCUAGCAAUGAUCAACAAAAUCCAGAUGAUCCUAAAAAGGGUAAGCAUACUGGCGCUGCUUGGUCUCCAAUUCUUAUGGCUAUGGUUGGUAUGGGUACUAUCUAUGCCUUUUAUCCUGCUAUUGCUCCUUAUAAACUGACUGACGUUGGCACUGGUUACACCAUUGAUCUUGCUGUUUUAUUCGUUAGUGCCGUUCCUUCUCUUGUUAUUGCAGCUUUAUGCUCAUGUGGAGUUGGUCUUGAUAUUGGUCCAGACAGACCAUGGGAAGGUGGCUUUGAGGCAUGGCAUGCUGCCUGGUUACUGGCGUUCCCACAUAUUACUGCCAUGGUGUUAUGCUUUGUUACACUUCAUUAUCCGGAUAGUGGAGUGGCUAGUUCGAUUAAGAGCAGUGGUUUAAAGGUUGGGGCUAUUACCAUUACGCUAAAGUUUUGUGAAGAAUCGCUCAAGGCAGUGUCUUAUGCUGGAGCUAGUAAGCAGGUGAAUGAGGAUGAAGGAGGUACUUAUUCAUCUUUGAAUACCUUUACAUCCCAAGGUUUAAUGAUCAUUUUGGCCUUUACUGGAGAUGGUUACCUCAAGACUUAUUCCAAGUAUGAGCAUGACAGGAGUAAAUGGCCUACUAAAGAUUGUGGAACAUUUAGCUCCAUUUGGUUUUGGACGAAGAAUGGAAUAAAGGUGGCCUGUAAGAGUGUUAAAUCAUCCUUUACCAAGAAUGUUAGAUGCAAGGUUUUAGGUAAAUCAGAGGCCUUACUCAUUGUCUAUGCAGAUGAGGAAUUUUAA